ACUUCCUGACUAGUAAAUGAUACUAGUGCAGCAGCAAAAGACGAAAAAGAGAAGUAAGGAUUCGACAGAUGGCGUUAAAUCGGUUACGAUUCUCAAGGAAAAUUAAUUCAGGCAAGACGUAACGUUGAAUGUUACAGGAUCAUGCAAAGUAACAUGGAGCUUAAAUCACGUAUCUGGUUCUCUAUGGAAAUCGUACUGAGGAUCCCACCUUUGUUUAUUAUGGAUGCUGUGCUUAAUAGAAAUUGCCAACAUGUGACGAGUUACGAAAAUUACCACGAGAAGGAUACUCUGUCCUUCUUGUGGUAUAUUUUAUAUGCAAAAGUAUUCCUGAUAGCCUUUUGUGUAUCACUCUUCAGCGCAGAACUGCUUCUCCUAGUCUAUUUGUGGAUGAUUACAUUUGGACUUGUAUUGUGGUCAUACGUCAGGAAUAUCAGCUAUAUGUACGAAAUCGAAGGAUUGAACAUGUUGAACACUAAAUAUAAUUAUUUUGUGCAGUAUUCCGUGAGCAAUUUCGUAUUGCAGUGCGUUUUGAUGUUCGUGUUUUGCAUGAUACGCAGAAAAUUGGAUAAAAAUAUUUCGUGGAUUUUAAUAGGAAUAUCUUUCCUUGGCCCGAGUUUUCUCUACUAUUUAGCGGUUCCUGCUACAUUGUUAUGCUGCUUUUCUUUCCUGUGUGCCGCCGUUUUGAGUUGUUACGUUGUACUCGAGUUCAUAAACAACAGCAAAUUCAUGUACGAGAAAAUAUGUGAAUGCAUCCUAAAAUGGCGGACGGUUAUCAGGCAUUAUGGAAUUUAUAAUCUGAUAGAAUAUCACUGGUUACGAUUACAUAUACCUAAAGUGUUGAGAAUCUUCUGGACCACGCGACUCGUUGGGCACAUAUUGAUUUUCAUGCAUAACUCCAAGAAUGAAGAAUGGAUUGAAUUAUACGAUUUUUGGAAACAGCUGAUUACCGAUGGAUGCGAUACGAUCAUAGCUGUGCUGGGUAUGACAAGUGUGGUGUCAUAUUUUUGUUGCCGUCUGUGUAAAGUCAUUCAAAUGUUGCUGCGGGUGGAAGACAUUGAAGAUCGCAACGUCGGUAUCGUGUCCGCCAUACUUUUUCUAAUUCUCGCGUUGCAAACUGGAUUAACCACGCUUCAACCCGAAAAAAGAUUAAUUAAAUUGUACUAUAAUGUCUGCCUGUUGUUUACAGCCUUUCUACAUUUUGUGCACAGCACGGUUAAUCCCGUGCUGUUGUCUUUAAGUGCAACUAAGAAUGCUUCAGUGGGAAAACAUAUCCGUGCCUUGUGCGUAUGUACGUUACUUGUAUGCUUCCCAGUAUGGUUUGUCAUCUACUUGUGGAGCCAUUAUUCAAUUUCUACGUGGCUACUGACUGUGACAAUUUUUAGCGUGGAGGUAGUGGUUAAAGCAAUUAUCACAUUAAUGCUCUAUUUACUCUCUUUGAUAGAUACGUAUCGUUCCGAUCUUUGGGAGGAAUUAGAUACUUACGUUUAUUAUAUUAGAGCCGCAGGAAACGCUAUAGAAUUCUUAUUCAGUAUUUUUCUCUUCUUUAACGGAGGUUGGAUGCUGCUGUUCGAAUCGGGAGGUACGAUCAGAGCUUGUAUGAUAUGUUUUCACGCAUACUUCAACAUUUGGUUACAAGCCAAAGCCGGUUGGAACAUCAUAAUGAAAAGAAAAGCAGCCAUGAAAAAGAUCACCAUGUUGGCGGAAGCCACAAGAGAUCAAUUAAGAAAUUAUGAUGAUGUGUGCGCUAUUUGCUACCAGGAUAUGAAGAAAGCGAGAAUAACAUCUUGUAAUCAUUAUUAUCACGGCGUAUGUCUUUGGAAAUGGUUAUACGUGCAGGAUCUAUGCCCAUUAUGCCAAACGUGCUUAUAUACUUCAACCGAGUUACAAGAAAGAGGAUACGACGGAAGAGAGACUGAUUUAGAGUUUAAUUUGAUUGAUUGGGACGAUGACGACUGAUUGUCUGUUAAAUUAUAUAAAAAAAACUUAAAUUAUUUAAAUCAAAAUUUACUUAAAAUGUUUUUUUUUUAAUUCGUCGUUUUUAAUAAUUUCAAAACGUAUCGAGUACUGUACAUAUAUAUAAAAAGAAUUUGAAUGAUCAUUAGAGUAUCGUCGACAAAUUAAAGCUUGAUAUUUGGUGCUAAUAAGUUCCUUAAGUUUGUAAGACUUUGAAGUAAAUAUUACAGACAAUCGUGUCUUCUACACUCAGAAUAUUAAUUAUUGCGGUAUUUCAUGCCAUAAAAAUCUAUUUUUACCUGGUCUUGAAUAAUUUUAAAGUAGUAGUAGUAAUUAAUUUUUUUUUCACGUUAUCAAACCGCCUGAUUCUUCUUUUUCCUGGUGGUCUUCUAUCAGUUUUUCUUCCAGGAAUAGUUUCUAUAAUGAGUUGUCUUAAUGACUAGGAAAUUUUGCUUUCUCGGCCUUGAUCAAAUUUAUCACAGUUUUUUGCAUUUUAAUCAUUUCUAAUAUCUAAAAUUAAAAUUGAAGGGGAACACAUCAUCGUACAUUGGGGCACGUGUUCUCCUUUUUCGUUUGUACUGCCCUUUUCCUAAUCCCCAAAUGGUUCCCAAAUUCCAUUAUCAUCGAGCAACAUAAAAUUCCUGACUUCUAGCCUAUUCUGCAAAUAUACAAGAAACUAAUGAACGAUAUUUGCCCGUUGUCCCAGGCAACUUCGUCUCAUUUUGAUCCAAAACUUGGCCGCGAUAACAAGGAAUAUUCCUUGUUUUCAAGGCCAACUUAGCCCCGAUUGCUACCAGUGCUAC